UUAAAUCUCUUAUUGAUAUAUAUCACUUCACGAAUAGGACGCACGAAAACAACAUUGAGCCCUGUGCAUUGACUUGCAGUCUCUACUUUGUACACAUUAAAUAUUGACUGUUUUCAACAAGGAGAUGAGUUCAACAAGGAGAUGAGCACCACAGGAGCAAAAUGCUUACCAAAAAUCGGACCCUGGUGUUAAGAUAGAAAGUGCACGCUCCUGGAGAAGACCUCGUCCCAAGUUUGAUUUUUUCCUGACCAUGCAGUCCGAAACAGAAUCAGGAAACGUAUCCACGGCGACAAAGUCCUCCAGCGAUAAACAAGCGAGUUCUUCACCAAAACAAAUCAAUAUCAAAAAUGUAAGAUCCAAACAAUCGAAUCCUCUGGAGAGAAGGCCCUUCAGCGAUAAACGAAGACCCCCCUCUCAAAGCUCUUCAUCUCCCCCAACACGUUCACCGUCCCAGAAUUCCAUGUCACCACCGAUACUAUCACCAUUAGGACGACCGGAAAGACCCUUCAGCGAAAAAUCACUUCUCUCCCGUAGUUUGUCACAGGAAAGGGUCUCCAAAGUAUUUCCUUCUAGGCGUAUUAGCGAGGAAAUUCCCCGAGGAUCUCCGAUUUCGUUCUCAUUUCCACAUGGCAGGGAUCGGUAUCCAAGUUUUAGCGCUCCGCGAUCAAGAAGCAACAGUGACGCCGCUAUACCGGAAGAACCUCUGCUUUUCGAAUUUGCUGAAAUCAAGAAAUUGAAAUCUGCUGAAAAAGAUUUCAACAGGAAAGGUAUCGUAUGGACAACUGAUGGUCGUCUAGUGAUCAUAAAUUUUGGGAAUGACCAACUGAAAGUUUUCAAUGAAAAUUUCCAGGAAACUUUAUCGAAGCGAAUUCCUGAGGGUUGUCGAGGGAUUUCAGUUGGUGCGGAUUUUAAUGACGUGUCAAUCACGUGUCAGAGGAGAGUGUUUAAUUACAAAAUACACGAUAAAACAAUAAUUGAAGGUAAGACGUUUCUUUUGAAUGGAAAUGGUUACGGCAUAUCUUACGCCAGGGAACAUUUUGGCGUCACCAUUGACAUUGGCGGAGAAAGCAAAUGCGUAGCCUUAUUAAACGAUGAAGGCAGAGUUGUUCAACAGGUUGAAAAAAUUCAAAGACCCAAUGAAACCCGCUUCAAGGCGUUUCAUCUGUACAUAACAAUGGAUCCUCACAGAAAUGUUAUCUAUCUUUCUGAUGUUCACAGGGAUAUGCUACUUUGUGUGUCAUACACGGAAAAACUCUACUGGGAAAGAGAACUUCCGGGAAAACCGAGGGGAAUCUGUGUUGUAGGGAACAAUAUUAUUGUAGCCACCACCGGAGAAAAACUGUGUGUUCUUACAAGAGAUGGUAAUCUUGUGAAAGUACAGGCAAGUUUAGGGUAUGACCCAGAAAGCCUUGCCUAUGAUGAAACAACUCAUCGACUUGCCGUCUCUCAGUAUUACAAAGGAUGGGUGCACGUAUACCAGAUAACGUAAUGCCUAGCGAGUAUUGACGACAUCUCCGUUGCUCGAGAGUUCUACAUUCUUAAACUGAAUUAAUGAAGUACUUUCAACAGUGUGUAUGUCGCAAUUUAAUUCCUGUCUUGAGAUUUCUAGAGUUCAGGUGCCGACUUCUUGCAAGAAAUUUUUUAAAAAGCAUUUUAUGUUUCAAAAUACUCAGAAAGUUGUUUUCAAUAUAGCACAAUGAACGAUA